GUCAGACGCUGCGGGGCCUGCGGUGCGGGAUCCUUGGCAUGGCCUUCAAGCCCGGCUCCGACGACGCGCGCGAGUCCUUGGCGUUCAAGCUCCAGAGGCUAUUGUUGUGGGAGGGUGCCGACGUUUUCUGCUCCGACCCGCGCAUCCACAGAAAGGACUUUGUGGACGCAGAGUACUUGGUCGCCAAGAGUGAUGCGGUCUUCAUCGGCUGCCCCCAUCGCGAGUACGCCGGCCUCGUGUUCCGCGCGGGCCAGCCGGUCUUCGACUGCUGGGGCUCCACCUCGGAUCCCGCGCUCGUGGUCACGCCGGGCGUCCAGGAGGCCGGGCCCUCGGCCGCGCCCUGGCGCCUGCGCGUCGCCGUCGUGGGUGGCGCCGGGCACGUGGGCCUGCCGCUGUCGCUGGUGCUCGCAGACCGAGGCCACCACGUGGUCGUCAUCGACAGCGACGCUGCCAAGCUGGAGUCGAUCCGCGCAG